GCUGCGCAUAUAAGCCCUUAAGCAGGAAGUAAUGACGGUCCUUGCUUGGUUUUGAUGUAUGUCAGCUAUUCACUGUGGAGUUGGAUGUAGUUGAAUGAUCAGGAUGUCCAGUCGGAGUUCCUGAGAGUGAACAUCUCGACGAGUGUCUCUAGACCUAACAACCCCAGGAUGCGGACAAAGCGACCAGGAUCCCUUUUUCUGCUGCCAUGGAUUUUACUUCAAGUUCCAUGUACAGUUGUCUGUGGCCUGAGACACAAGACUGCCUGUUACAACUUCCCGUUGAUGGUCGACCCCCGUGUGCCGCCACAGAGAUGCUUCUCCCCACCAUGUUUACACUCGGGGUGUCCUCUGACGUCACAUGUCACAGGGAAAUAACUGGAAUUAGUUUAAGAGGGAAGGGAGUAGACGAAAUCAGACGUUGUUGUCAACAGCGUGAGAAUGAUACCGUGACUGAGUACUGCCUUCCUGCCAUGAAGAACCAACUGAGAGAUCACUACUACCUGGACUUUGUGGACAUCUGCACGGCCUCUACAAGAUGUCAGCUGUCUUCACCUGGUGGUUUUGUUCAACAUACUGAUGGUGAAGACUACGUAGCGUUCACCUUCCACUGUGUAAAAAAGGACACUGUGCUGCACAUCCAGCACGACUCUACACACACAGGACAGGAGGUGUACCUGUACAACGACCAGCAUGACGGGAUGGGUACAGCCAACUGUAUAGCAUACUCUCAUGAGUGUGACUCUCAUGUCAUUAUACAACUUGCUGCAACACGAGUUGUGUCCCCUGUCUGUCGUGUGACCUUCACUGAUGGAGACGUGUCUGUCCAGGUGGACUGUAAGAAUCCACCUGCAUCCAGCAACUGUUCCAGUACAAUGUUUGAGAGCAAGUCCAACUAUGUUAACAUGUCGAUAUUCAUGACAGUCGACCCUGGACGUCAAGAAAAGGAAUUUCUGUGGAUCCGAGCGAAAGCGGAUACAGGUAAGAAUGUCACCGUCGUCUGUGGAGCCAACAUCCCUUCAGAUGUGUCACUGAACUGCCCUACUACUACUACUACUACUACUACUACUACUGCUCCUACUACCACUACUAUUACUGUUACUUCUACUUCAACUUCUACAACUACUACAAACACCGUGUCUGCUAGUAUUUCUACCAACAACAAGAUCCCGGGAACAUCAGCUGGUUCACCUCAAAACCUUCAGCCUUCUGAAACGACAUCAGCAGAGACAAUGGCUUCGCAUUUUGACAAUCCAAACUCUCCUCCUGGGCAACCAAAUAGAUUCCCCAAGCCAACAUCUUUAACAUGUGGUGAGUCAUCAAGCACCUUACCCGUAACACUUGGCGUAUCCGCAGCUGUUCUGUUCGUUGGCUUUGUUUUGGGUUGGAUAAUGUCCAGAUGUUUCUACCAACGGAAGACAAGGAAGAAUGGUGCAGAUGUUUACACCACAACCUCAACAAUGAAGGAAGAACACACGUACAGUACAGUACAACCUGCCAGCACGGCGACAUAUGCUAACACCUCUUAUGAAUAUUAUAAUCAAUAACAAAAUAGCGUAUAGUAAUAAAGAUGUAUAUUCCCGUU